GUACCUCCAUAGGGAGGCAGCUUCAUAAAAAUGGAAGUGGCAAUGCCUAUGACGGGCAGCGCCAUCGACUGUUAUGAAGACAUGUUUAAAGAAAUAACCAGAAAACUAUACGGAGAAGAUGGAUUACCUGAUUUGAGUGCCAAUGAUAGAUUAGCAUCUACAAGCCAAGACCGAGGUUUAACUCCGAUAGAAUAUGAAGUUGAUAAUCCCUUACUAAAACCCGAAGAACAUUUAACAGCUUUCGGUUUGGCAGCCCUGAUGCAGAAUGGUUUCCCAACUAGCGGAAUACUAAAUUCUGGAUUUCAGUGUCACAAACCGAAUCCUGGUAUAGUUUUAGGUACGGUAUUGGAGGACAAAUGGAUACCUAGUGACGAUAAUUUACAGUGGACGCAGUCCAAGAUUGCUACGUAUAAUCCUGCGCAAAAGCUCUUUAGGUGUUCUGAAUGUGAUUGCGUGGGUUAUUUGAUCAGAGUUGCAGAACACUGGCUUGGAACCCACUCUACAGUGAGGGCUUUUCAUUGUCCCCAGUGUCCGUACGAGAGUGCAUGGGCCAGGUGUGUUAGAAUACACCUGAAUCGUCAACAUAAUAUCAAUACUGAUGAAUCUUGCGACACGUUAACAAAGGAUAACCCUGUUCUUCAAGAGAUUGUUAAAUUUUUACAGAGACUAAAAAUUAAAAUUGAAAGUAAUUGUGGAAAACCAGCUUCCAGUACUGCUUCACAGAAUGAAGACUUCCAUAAUCAAACAGUCAGUAAUCCUUCUUCAACUAUUCCAGUAAGUUCGCAAGUGAUGGGAAGUUCAUCUUCCAGUAACUCUGAGCAAAGUAAUACAGCCAGUAAACGAUACAGUUGUACAUUCUGUCCAUAUGCCACGGACAGGAGGGAUCUUUUCACGAGACAUGAAAAUAUUCACAGAGAAGAGAAACCUUUCCAGUGUUAUGUCUGCCAAAAACAGUUCAACAGAGCGGACCACGUUAAAAAGCACUUCCUCAGAAUGCAUCGGGACCAUCCAUAUGAUUUGAACAGAAUAAGGAGGCACCCUCCAAAAAAUGCCUCUGGGAUGUCUUAUUAUCAAAAGUAUAACAAUUCCAAUGCUUCGAACCAAUCCAGUGAUCUCUCCACUAUAAGUUCCUUAUCGAUUCCUGGUUUCAAUAACAUGUCUAGAAACUUGAGUAAUGCCCGAGUACAACCGGAUCUGAAAAACACUGGUAAAUCAGGAAACUUGUCCAGAGGUAGCGGGAAGAAAAAAGGAGAGAAACGUUUCACUUGUUGCUACUGUUCAUGGUCCGGAGUUGAUAACUGGUGCCUUAAGAGACACAUGAACACUCACUUGAAACCAUUUAUUUGUGGACUGUGCGAUUACAAAGCAGCCAGAUCGGAAAGGCUUGCAACUCAUGUUCUAAAAGUUCAUAACAAGAGGGCAUGUGGAAAAUGCAAUUAUCUAGCUGACGAUUUGACGCAAUUGUCGGUACAUCAACAGGAGCAACACCCGCUGGAACAGAGAAACCGCUCAAAUGGUAAUAUCUUAAGGACUAAUUCUUUCAACGGCAGUGCUUCCGCUUCCACUUCCAAUUCGAUGGUGAAUACGAAUACAACCUCUUGUAGUCAGACCCAGGAACUGUUGAAGACCCAUGAUUUGAGCACAGCAGCAGCUUUACUGCAGCAGAGUAAUCGUUUCCUACAAACAGAUGUUAAGACGUGGAAAAAUCAUAUACCUAAACAACACGGAGCUGCUCGUCUCUUCAAUUACAUGGAAGCAAGCGAUGGAUCAGAACCUGAAAGCGAACCUCGAUCAGCUGAAGACAUGAGCAGAGUUAAUCUGACCCACAGAAUCCAGUCGGAUUUUCCUGAGGCGGGAGAUGUUGGUAGCCAGGCUGACGAGGACAAUGGAGAAGAAAUGGAACUUCCCUUAUUCGUCUGCCAAACGUGCGGUUGCGAGUUCGAAGAUGACUUGUCUCUCGAUACACACCAGUACACGCACCGGCACAGUGCCACAUCUCCCGCCAAAAUUGACGAUUCCAAAGAGAAUGUCGAUCCGGAUUUGAAGUAUCGUUGUCGUUUAUGUGACUCAGCUUUCGACAACCAGUUCCUGAUUAUUACGCACAUGCUGAUCCAUUCUAGUCUAGCUUCGAAAGCUAAUUUACCAAUUUUGUCGCAUGGAAAACGACCUAGAAAACAGGUUCAUCCAAAGAAGAUUGUCCUACCCUUUUGGGACACCGAUGAGGUAGAAGUACUAAGGCAUUUGAACAGCAAGUUGAGGAAGUGGCGAGGAGCUGGACUUUCUCCCUCCGGUGGUAUUAAUAAGUUAGUUGACAAAUACAUGGCUCAGCUAGUGACUCGGCGUGGACUUACCUGUACUUGGUGCAAAAAUACGGGUUUGAGCAGGUAUCACACGAAGAGAAGUCUUGCGCUCCAUUAUUUGUGGAGGCAUUCUAAAAAAAGAUAUCAAUGUGAGCACUGUGAUAUGGUUUUUCGGCAUAGAUACCAGUGUGUGUUACAUAGCAGUCGUGCACAUACGAACCAGAAGACACAACUUGUGCCUAUGGUGCUUCCCAAAGAAGCAACUCAUUUGUCACUAGGUGCCGAAUCUGUAGGUUCUUCCCAGGACACCAAUCUUUUCUUCACUAACUCUCAUACUGUUUAUGUACCUGAUACAACAAUGUCUAAUGCACAUAAAAUAGGAAUGUCCUUUUUUGACCAUUCAUUCAUCCAUUCGACUAAUGCUAUAAAUAACCAUAUGCCAAUUAUUAUACCAACUUUCCCACCUAACUGAAUUCAGUUUUCGAAUCAGAUCAGGUUCAACUAAAAAAAGUGACCUUCGAAAAUUCUCUCUGUAGGCUAUAUUUUCCAAAAUUAUUAUCAAAACGUGUUUUUAUUUUGUACAAAAUCAAAUUUGAUACCAUGUGAAAAGUUGUCGUUUUUAUACAAUAUUUUCUCUUUGACGUUUUCAAAAAUUGAAACGUGUGCAAUAUUUGUUCGUUAUAUUUAUUUUAGUUCUUUAUAAAUUUUCUGUUACAGAAAAACAUAAGCCAUCUCGAAUUCCAGUUAUGUGUUAUUGAUAUGAUAAUAGACAUACCCCUCGGUGGGGUACGAUCUUGAGCAGGAUUGGAGUCAAGUGAUGAUUUGUUUAAAGGAUCAUAUAUUUUUUUUUCAGUGCUUUUUCAAAGCUAUUUUUUAAUCGAAAGGGUCACUCUUUCUGAGCACAGCUUUGAGUUUUUGACUUGCCAAAGUGGGACGUUAAAAGUUCACUACUACCAAUUUACUUUUACUUUCAAAGUAGUAUUAUGCUUCCAUCUUUUUUUUUCCAAACAGUUUUGGACGUUCUGAAGCAUUUUUGUUGCAAUGUGCUGAUAUUCAGCAAUAGUGAACGGUCUCGAAUCAGCUGACCGUAAGGGCCAAUCCGCUGGAACAAUCGAACAAUCCAUCUACCAGAAAAGAUUUUAUUCAAAUACUGACGAGAAGGAGGAUGAAAUAUAAACUCAUAAUCUUUGUAACGGGCACCCAGUCAACAUUAUCUGCAGUGACUUCUAUAAAUUACAAGUAGGAAGAUAGCAAGUAUCGAAAUCCAAGUCUUAUAUAGUAAAUAAAGAAGUAAAGCAAUUAUUGCCCUUUUUGUAACAGCCUAGUGGUUUUUCGAAUAGUUAAGAAAACCCCAUAUUAGUGUUUGACAUUCAAGUAGUAUACCAAAUAUCAGGACUAAAAACUUUAUAGAUGUUCAGCUGUUUCGGGUGUCAUUUUAUUAGACGCUGUCCAUUCAGAGAUUGCAUAUUGUAGAAAUGAUGGUUAUCGUUUACUUAGAAAAUUUACUCUGCAAUAAAAUGAAAAUAGAUCUUUUUUUUUCAUACUAUCCUCUAGGGUUACGACUUUCGAUAAUAGAAUUUUUGCGCCACAGUCGGUAGCCAAGAUUUUGAGACAACAGUUUGCUGGUGACUUCAAAGCACAUAUUGAUGAAUCGCCAAUUUUUAGGAUAUCUUGAUUUCAGUCUUUUGAAACAUGCCUUAAUCAGAAAUAAAAGUAAAGCAUAUUUGUUUGCCGAUUUUUUGAAAUUAUAUACAGUUGGUUGAUGCUUACUUUUACAUUUAUAUCAUCUAUCAUCCUGAUGAUUAAAUUUCAUUGAGAGUCAUUAUUAGAAGUUCUGGAAUGUGUGAAUGAAGGAAAUCCUGUUUGGUUAAAGUAUAAUAGUGCGGAAUAUAUUUAAUAAAGUUCAUAUUUCGAAUAUGAUGCGGUUUUUGAGAUGGCAUUAUGAAUUUCGACAAAAUUAUGUUGGUACAUGUUUAUUAUAAA